AUGGAUUGCAGACAUCUCAGGGAUGAGGUGGCCAACAUGCUCAAUAGAGAGAACCUUCAAGAAUUUUUGAGUGAAAGAGCGAGAAACAAUUUCGAGAGAGUUGGACAUGUAGAGGGAAAGAGCGCUUCGAAUCCCCCUCCGCAUGCUAUCAACAAGAUUUUUGGCGGAUCCGUGAUUGCUAGUACCAGUUUCACCGCUGCUAAAAAAAUGAAGAUCUCGGUAAAUCGGGAAAAAAGAAUUCGGGAACUUCCCGAUGAAGUCACUAUAACUUUUUCUUAUGAAGAUGCAGCCGACAUCACCAUACCACAUAACGACGCUCUGGUCAUCACCGUGUUUAUUGACUGCUUCCAAGAUGAAAAUUACAUAUACUCAUACAUUUGGGCAAAUGAUAAAGUUGUCCAGAAAGAACUAAACGUUCGUGAGGGAAUAACACUGGAGAGGGUGAGAUGCAACAAAAGCACGCAUUAUAGAGAUUAUAUGAAGAGAACUGAAUCAUAUGUGUAUGUUGUCCUAAGUGUCAUUGACGAUCAUUGGCAUCUCACCAGCAAAUCCCGUCGAGCUCUAAUUUAUAGUGGUGACCAUGACAUGGUUGUUCCUCAUUUGAGCACAAAAGAAUGUAUAGACACUUUGAAGCUGCCGAUUAUUGAUGAUUCAGAGCCUUGGUUUGUUGACGGUCAAGCUGCAGGAUACAAGGUGAAGUAUAAUGAUUAUGAGCUGACAUAUGCAACUGUUAAGGGUGCUGGUCAUACACCUCCUGAAUACAAGCCGGAACAAUGCCUGCCCAUGGCGAUAAGUUGUUUUGCGGUUACCCUUUUUAGUUUCAUCCUUACAGGACAUUAA